ACAUGGCGGCGUCCAUGGAGUCAACGUGAGGUUUGUCAUAAAUUUUCGGAAUUAUAUACCUCCUGGUGAUACAAUGCCUGGAGAUUCGCGACGAAUCGCGGGACCAGAAGAAACACAGAAUCCAUACUCUUUUGUGAAAGACAAAGGGGAUGGAGAACAAUUCCUUUUGUUGAACAAGGAAAAGCUACGGGCUGAUGGAAGGGCUACAGAUAAGGUUCGACCAGUGUUUUUAAAAGCUGGUGUGAUCAGUCAGGCUAAGGGGUCGGCAUACAUAGAGCUGGACAAGACAAAGGCAAUAUGUGCUGUGUACGGCCCCAGAGAAGUAAUCAAGAAGGAGGACUUUAGUAUGAAAGGGCAGCUUACCUGUGACUUCAAAUUUGCCACAUUCUCCUGCAGGUAUCGCCGCCAGCAUCAGCAGGACAAUGAAGAGAAAGACUUGUCUGUCCUGUUACUGGAAGCCUUGGAACCAGCUGUGUGUCUGCACAAAUUUCCUAAGGCUCAGCUGAACAUUUACCUGACAGUUCUGGAAAACGAUGGAAGCGUGUUACCCGCUGCCAUCAUGUGUGCAUCUGUGGCUAUAGCAGAUGCAGGUAUAGAGAUGUACGAUUUGGUGACGGCUUGCUCAGCGAGAAUUUCUGGGAAAAAUAUUUUACUGGAUCCAUCAGAUGCAGAAGAAUAUAGAUCUCAACACACAGCCACAGAAGGAUUGGAGUCUGGGAGUCUCACCCUCGGUAUUCUGCCAUCUCUGAACCAAGUCUCGGCUUUGUCCUCCAAGGGAGAAAUACAGUUUGAAACUAUAGAAAAGGCUAUUAAACAGUGCACUGACUGCUGUCAUAAACUGUACCCAGUGAUGCAGGAAUGUUUGGUGAAAGCAGUCAAAGCAAAGAUGUCUGAAAAAGGAACAUGACCUUGACCCACUGUUCUUUGAUGGACUUCUUCAGGGACCAAUCACAGCUGGACAUGUCUCUCUGGGCCCGCCUUCUGGACAUGCCUAUCUUCACCUGUUUUCC